GUGUAAGAGCUGCACGCAACAGAGCGGAGUCUGGUGCGCAAUGAUCAUGCGCACAGUGAAGAGACCGUUACUGAGGCAGCAAACAGAGACUGGCCAAAACGGCCUGCCCAUCAGGAACUCCUGGAGGGGGACCACUGACCCUGUUUAAGAAAAAGCCCAAGAUUUUGGGGAAGGACCAUGGCUUGACUGAAGCCGGCAAACACAGCACCAGCACUGAAACCAUGUUCUUUGAGAAGGUUAAGAAAGCUCUGCGGAGCUCUGAGGCGUACGACAACUUCCUGCGGUGUCUUCACAUUUUCAAUCAGGAAGUGAUCUCUCGGGCUGAGCUUGUCCAGUUGGUCAUCCCAUUUCUUGGAAAAUUCCCGGAGCUUUUUACAUGGUUCAAAAACUUCCUGGGCUACCGGGAGUCGUUUCACGGGGAGUCCAGCCACACAGAGAGUUUACCUAAGGAGCGUGCCACAGAGGGCAUCGCCAUGGAGAUCGACUACGCGUCCUGCAAGAGGCUGGGGUCCAGCUACAGAGCCCUGCCCAAGAGCUACCAGCAGCCCAAGUGCACAGGAAGGACGCCGCUGUGUAGAGAGGUCCUUAAUGACACUUGGGUGUCGUUUCCAUCGUGGUCUGAAGAUUCUACAUUUGUGAGCUCCAAGAAGACUCAAUAUGAGGAGCACAUUUACAGAUGUGAGGAUGAGCGCUUUGAGCUGGAUGUGGUGUUGGAAGCCAACCUCUCCACGAUACGAGCCCUGGAGGCGGUGCAGCGGAAGAUUUCUCGCAUGUCCGCUGAGGAGCAACUGCGCUUUAAGAUGGACAACACACUGGGUGGAUCCUCAGAGGUCAUCCAUCGCAAGGCUAUUCAGAGGAUAUAUGGAGACAAGGCCAACGACAUCAUUGACGGGCUCAAGAAGAACCCAGCUGUGUCCGUUCCCAUAGUGCUGAAAAGAUUAAAAAUGAAGGAGGACGAGUGGAGAGACGCCCAGAGAGGCUUCAACAAAAUCUGGCGGGAUCAGAAUGAAAAGUAUUACCUAAAGUCACUCGACCACCAGGGCAUCAACUUCAAGCAGAAUGACACCAAAGUGUUACGUUCAAAGACCUUACUGAAUGAAAUUGAAAUGCUAUAUGAUGACCGCCAGGAGCGAGCGUCAGAGGAAACUGCCACGCUGCUAGUAACUGGCCCUCACCUGACCCAGACCUAUGAAGACAGCCAGAUCCUGGAGGACGCUGCUGCCCUCAUCAUCCACCACGUCAAAAGACAGGUGGGCAUCCAGAAAGAAGACAAGUACAAGAUCAAGCAGAUCAUCCACCACUUCAUCCCGGACCUGCUGUUCGCACGGAGAGGGGAGCUCUCUGAUGUCGAGGAGGAGGAAGAAGAGGAGGAGGAAGAAGAAGACAUGGAGAUGGAUUCAGAGGGCCCCAAGAAGCACAAUGGCCUGCCAGGCAGCAGCCCGUCAAAGUCCAAACUCCUCUUCAGCAACACGGCAGCUCAGAAGCUGCGGGGCACAGACGAAGCCUACAGCCUGUUGUUCGUGAACAACUACUGGUACAUCUUCCUUCGUCUUCAUCACAUCCUCUGUACGCGUUUGCUACGCAUCUACGGGCAGGCUGAGAAACAGAUAGAGGAGGACGCCCGGGAGCGAGAGUGGGAAAGAGAAGUGUUAGGCUUCAAAAGGGAAAAAAAUGAAAACCCAGCAAUCCAACUGAAGAUGAAGGAGCCACUGGAUGUUGAUGUUGAGGACUAUUACUCGGUGUUCCUGGAAAUGGUGCGUAAUCUUCUGGAUGGGAACAUGGAGCCGAUUCAGUACGAGGACUCCCUGAGGGAAAUGUUUACUAUCCAUGCCUACAUUGCCUUCACCAUGGACAAACUCAUCCAGAGCAUCGUCCGGCAGCUCCAGCACCUCGUCACUGAUGAUGUAUGUGCACGUGUAACGGACCUGUACCUGAGCGAAAGUGCCAACAAAUCCUCGGGGGGGCCACUGUCCACGCAGACGUCCAGGGCCACAGCAGAGGGCUCCUACCAGCGCAAAGCAGAGCAGCUAAUGACGGAUGAAAACUGCUUCAAGUUGAUGUUUGUAAAGAGCCGAGGAUCUGUCAGUCUGGCCGUGGAGCUGCUGGACACGGAAGAGGACAACUCUGAUGAGCCAGCGGAGGCAGAGAGGUGGUCAGACUACGUGGGCAGAUACCUGAACUCAGACUCUGCGUCCCCUGAGCUGCGUGAGCAUUUGUCCCAGACGCCGGUGUUCCUCCCCAGGUGAGGCCCCAGCCAUGUGUCCCUCUUGUCUGCAUACUUUCUUUCCUGAGGCUCUAGACAGCCGAGCAGCCUCUCCACUGUUGACAAGCCAAACCAGCUGCCAAACACCACUCAUUUUCAGAAGUAGAACCUGUGGCACUUGUGCACAACUCUGACCCAAGGAAGCUCUUGUAAUUACAAAAGUUUUAGGCAUAGGACCUCUGCGUUUUUAUUAACGGACAAACGACAAGGUUUGAGAAGGUUCAUUGAAGAGAGUCACUCCACAGAUACAGUGAAGUGCUCGCAGUGCCUGAUGCCCUGCUGUUUGUAAAGAAUCUCAUUGGCCGUGAACAUGACUUUUUCAGUUUUUGAUCUCUGCCUCACAUUGAAGAUUGCACUUUACAUGGCCAUCUUUUAAAAAAAUAUGGAAUUUAUUUAUUCACUGAUUCAGUUCCUUUUUAAUGGGAAUUUUAUUUAUUAGUAGUAAGGUUUUUUAAAAUGGUUUUGGCUUGAUCAUGGGUUUUGAAUUUCCACCUCAAAAUCAUUUGGUUUGAUUAUUCACAUUGUAUUGAAAUUGAAAUGAUGUUUUUCAUUGUGUAACAUAAGAACAAAAGUCAUUGAAUGCACAAACUGAAAGCAAAACAAAUGGGUUCCAACCUUUUUCAUUUUAAAAUAAUUUUUCUACGAUGUCUUUGACCUGAGUUUGUGAGACUGAAGCUGUUGUGUUGGACCUGAGAGACUUUGUUAAGAGAGGAAGGUGCAGUCAUGAUUUCCUUUUCUACCUUUUCAUGCCCUUUGUUUGUGAUUGUAUUUAGAUCAAAGGUCCUAUUUUUGACUUAAUUUGCUGUUUGGAAAUGUAAAUGUUCAAAUGUCCAUUUGUUUAAGUCUGUUAUACUCAGUGUAAUAUUUGUAAUAACUUCCCGUGGAAACAUUGCACUCCCGUUGCAACUUUUUGUUGUUGGUGAGGUUUUUUUUCCACUGGUUUGACAGAAAUUAGUGCUCAUAAGUUUUUAAAAACUCUGCUCAAGCACAUUAUCUGCAACACUUGUACAGAGGAGUAGGUUAUGUAAAUAAAAUGAUUGUCUAAAUUGUA